CUGGCCCCCGCCACCAACCGGCUGGCCCAGCUGUUCCGCUGCGACCCGGGCAAGCUGGAGGAGGUGACGCAGGCGGUGGCGGAGGGACUGGAGUGGCGGGGGCUGGUGCGCAUGCCGGCCAAGCUGCAGUGGCAGGACCCCGCCGCGCCCCCGCCGGGCCCCCCCCUGUCGGACGCAGCGCUCCCUGCCGGGCCCCCCGGCCUCACCACGCAGGAGGUGGACGAGGCGGCGGAGGGGGCCGCAGCGGCACCGGGGCCGGUCCCCCCAGCGCCACCGCCGCCCCCCGGGCGGGGCAGCGGCGGUGCGGCAGCGAGGUCCGCCAUGAGCGCCUCCGCCGGCACCUGCACGGGCCGGGUGGAGGAGGCGGGAGGGGCCCAGCAGCCGGAGGGUGGGGAGGGGGAGGGGCGGCAGGCGGGCCCCUCCGGCUGCACCCGCUGCCCCGUGUCCCCCCCGCUGCCCGCCCUCCCCCGCCGCACCUCCAGCGACCUGCUGCGGGAGCUGCGGGGGGGAGGUGCGGGCAGCAGGGGCGGCAGUACGGCACAGGCGGUCAUGGCGGGCGGGAGGAUGGAGGGGGAGAGCAGCGGCUCGGAGGCCCCGACCACCGGGCAGCAGCAGCAGCAGCGGCCCGUGUCCCCCUCACACGAACCUCCGCUGCAGCCGUCCACAGAGCAGGAGAGGGAGGCGGCGCCACUGCAGCCGUCCCAGCAGCCGACACCAAGGCAGGCGUCGGGACCGCCCUCACCUGAACAUCAGCGGCAGCAGGACUCGCUAUCCUGGUCUGAGGAGGGUGUUGAGGGCGGCAGCGCGGCCCCCGCCCGCCAGCUGCUACCGCCCGCCUCGAGUGCAAUGGGCCAGUCUCGGCUGGCGCCUAGGGCAGAGGGGGCCGCUCCGCUGCAGGGUGGAGCUGGAGACCAGCCCUCUGCCUGCCGCACUGCAGCUUGCACGGCGGGAGUAGAGGUGGUGGCGGUGGGGGUUGCCGAGCAGGCGGCAGUGCAGACAGCAGUGCAGGCGGCUGCGGUCAUCACCCAGCCCGCUAAUGUCGCCGAAGCCGCCCUGCACCGCCGCGACCUGCGCCCCCCCUCGCAACCCCUGGACGUCCCUCCCGCUGUGGCAGCCUCUCACCCGCUGCAGGGGUGUCUGCUGCCCAGCGUGUUUGGCGCCGCCCCCGCCGCCCCACCGCCAGCCGGCAGCCUGGGCUCCUCCCUGCCAGGCGGCGCUCACCCGCACCUGCUGCGGCUCCCCUCGUCCAGCGACCCCUCCCUCAGCCGGGGCGCCAUGGACGUGGCCAGCCUGGCCGCAUGGAGCCACGCCACGCACUUGUCCACGCAGCACUCGAGGCCGGGGUCGGGUGUGUCGCACGCGAGCGCAGGGCUGUACGGCACCGCACAGAGCAGUGCAGCUGCCGUGCCGCACCCAGAGCCGCACUCGCACCCGGAGCCGCACCCGCACCCGGAGCUGCACCCGCACCCGGCCGGGGGGCUGGCGGCGCAUCAUGUGGCCACUGGAGUGGGGACCCGGCUGGAGGUGGUGCACGACGGGGAGGGGGCCGAGGGCGGGGAGGGGGAGGUGAAGGAGUUUAUGGAGGCAGGUACCUCGCCGCGCCAGGUGGUGCUGCUGGGGAUGAAUUGCAGCAGCGGGGCGGGUGGGGAGGUGGUGGGAGGCAGGAGUGGUGCCACGGUGUGCUUGGAGAGCGGGGAGGAGACACUCACAGCGGUUGGGUUCAUUCCAGGCCCUAUGGAGGACGGCUCCCUCAUGCUUAACACUGACAACAACUUCUCAAUCGAGUUCUUGGCUCGCUCUGCGUGUGGGGUGCUGGGAGCUGGGCGGGGCAGCAGCACCCUGGGCCGGGCCCCAGGGGGUGGCGGGGUGGUGCAUGCGCUGUCGUACAUUGAUGAGGAGGGAGCGGGCGGCAGCAGGGGCGCUGAGGAGCUGUCCUUCCUGCUUGCCAAGGCCCCUGAGCCCCGGCAGCAACCCCUCCUGCGGCCCCACCACUCGCUGCCGCCCCCACUGCCCGCCCACCCCCAGCAGCAGGGGGGCGACGGGCAGGCGGUCCCCAUCAUCUCCCCCACCCUGCUGCAGCAAAACGCCUGCUUCCCGCUGUCCGUGCCCGUGCUGGCCCGCCAGAACAAGGUGCGGGCGAGGGUCGGUGCGGGUCGGGGCGGGAGGCAUGACUUCCGAGCCACGCGCAUGCAGCAUGCGGGUGAGGACGGGGAUGUGGUCCGCCCGCCCCAUGCCGUGCACCCUGGUCGGGGACCAUACCGCCAGGCCUGACCUGCCUUGCC